GCCUUAUUGUCACGAUCGUAUCAAACAGUGACUUGUGUCUAGCGGCACGACCGAGAAAGACGUGAAAUGACGUGAGAUAUUCCAUCGUGAAUAUAGACCUUUACGCGCCACAUAAUAAAAACCGAACUGCAUUAAUACAUAUUCCCACCACCAGAGUUUAGCGACCUGCUUCUUACUGACUUUUGAACAUAAGUAUAAUCGAUAUUUGAAUUGGUUGGGAUUGUACCAGAGAAUUUGUAGAACUUUUUCAGUCGGUAAUACCGAUAUUGGUUGACCAAAGAGUAUAUAAUAUAUGAUAUUGACAUUGUAUUCUGUCUGUAUUGAUAUUUGCGUGUAGUUUGGUCUUGUGUGUGAUCAGCGUGUGAUGCAGAGAGGUGUGCAGAGGUGCGAGUGAAGUAGGGUGAUGUUGAUAAUGUUCAGAUAAUAACUAAUAAUUUUCCCGCGGUAAGCGCCUGCUUCAGAAAUUUAAUACAUUUCCCUAGGCGCUUGUUAAUUGAUGCUGUACAAUAUUGUGUUUUCUCCAAAAUACCUUUUUAAAUAUAUUUUCAAACAUGAAUUCCGCUAGUAAG